UAUACAAAACAUUAUGGAGGGAGAUCGACCGAAAAGCUUGGCCGAGUUCAAAGAAAUAUUCAAUAAAUGCAUUGACCAGUAUUUAACAGACACUCCCACCGAUUGUGUCAUCUCGCAAGAGAAAGCUGGACGAAUCUUGAAAGUCCUUCAGAACGAUCCAGACUUUUCUGACUCGGAAAUCACGUCUUAUGUGAAGCAGGACAAAAUCCAACUCCAAGAUUUCCCUUUACUUCAAUUAAAGAAUGUCUUGUGUACAGUGAAAAAGGGCCGGAAAACCGCAAAUAGGCUUAAUGAUGACUUGUUUGGACGAUUCCGGCGUGUCGUGCUCAAAGAAGAAUUCUUUGACAUGAUCUACAAAGCACACAGCCAACAUGGCAGCAGAAAUCACAUAGGCUUUGAGAAGACAAUAUUUCAAUUGAAACGCAAUUAUUCACACAUCCCCUGCGAGGUGGUGCUGAAGUUCAUGAAGAUGUGUCCAGUCUGCGCCGGUUCCGUGGCCGAAGAGAACAUCUCCCUCUUCUGUCUGAAAUAUGAAGACGACAUCCCUGCCGACCCAAAGUGCCAACAGAACCCGGGAAAAUACAUCAAGAAAGAAAAACCGAAAAAGGUGAAGAAAUCACCGACAACGAUGAGGAAGGCGGCUCGAGCGAAGGCCAAAACCACGACAACAACAACAACAACAGUCAAAGCAAAAACAAAAACGAAGGUUACAUCAGCGAAAAAGACAAAAGCGACAGCAAAAAAGACAGAGACAUCAACACGAAAAGCAAAGAGGACAUCAACAGCGAUGACAACCGCAACAACAAGAGAAACGACUUUAGCUCGUCAACCCAAAGCUAACACCAAUAUCAAAAUAAGCAAUAAGAUUUUUGGAGAGAGACCAUCACAGCAAGAUCACGACUACGUCCGCACCCGACAUCAUUUACCAAUUACAUAUUCAUUGGCAGGACCCAAGAAUAGCUCUGUACCAAAUUUCAGAGAUUAUACUAAGAACCAGCGCGUGCAUGUUCUAAGGGCAAGUUACUUUAUGGCUGUUGGCAGAGUAACCAUCAUUGAUAUCAAGGAGCUGCAAGCUGAAACUGUGCCAUCUAACCAGUUUACACUAGUGGUACAUUACGUUGACCUCUGGUCAAAGUACAGCGUCUUCUGGCCAUUGUGUAAGAAAGACAUCAGUGAACUGGCAUUGGGCAUUGCCAAAAACGUAUUCGCCUACUUUGGCGCUCCAAGACAGUUAAUCUACAAUGGCUGCACCAUGCAGGCUGCCGAACAACUGGAAGAGGUGCUUCGUGUGUGGUCAUCCCAAAUUAAUGUUACCACAAGUAUCUUAGAAGAUCCAUUGGCGUCAUCAGGACCAUUACAUUGGAGAAUUUUUGAAGAUCUGAAAACCCUUCCGCAAGACUCUUGGGAAAGUCAUCUCUCAAAGUUACAAUACUUAGCCAAUACAAAGUUUGUGAAAACCCAUGGUCGCAUCACACCAUACGAGGCUGUAUUCGGUCACAUGCCCUUAACAGAAACGUUUGUUAGUCAAUCUGAUACCCAGAGCAAGACCCCUGCCAAUGGGAACAUGACCAAUGUCAGGAAAAAGCAACGAAGUUCUUCUGGGAGCAAAGGAUCAAAGGCCUCCACUGCUGGUGACUCGGUCCCUGCUAACGCCAGCAGCAACACUUCCAACGAUGCCAAUUCGGGGGUAGUGUACGAAGCCCAGCUAGGCCCCCUCCCGUCGCCGCCUUAUCCUGUCGCCUGCACCAUCAACAUUGCCAACAGAAGUCCAAGGUCUCUCCUGCCCAGUACCCUGACCGUGCUGCAGCAGACAACAGCACCGACACCCAUGUCUGAUUCGCUGACGUAUGUCGUGUCCAAGACGGAACCGACCAGCGAUUCCGAUACGCUGCUGAUGGAGGUGGACAACAACAACACUGUCAUGACAACCGCUGCGACAUCGCCAAUGAUGACAGCCUGCUCCUCUGACUCCCUCUCCGUUGCCGCCAACACCACCGUCACGGAUUCUGCGACCACUUCUAUAGGUGACAUUCAAGUCAAGAUGGAAACCGUUGAUGAUACGAGCAAUGAACUAGCUGAGAUCAAAACAAGCGAUGCCAUACACAACCAAGCUACAAUAUCUGCCAUUGAAACAGUUGAUGCAGCCAUUUCAAUGAUCAAAAUGCAUCAGCUUGAGAAGGAUAAUUCCAUAACCGAUUCGACAAAUAAAAAGAAAAUUCUAAAGAAACCAACUCUAAAACUACCACCUAGAAGCAAGAACACCAAUUCCGCCAAAAUACUGAAAUGCUAUCGAUUCAAAGUCAAACAGAAUCUUAAGACAUAUGCUCACUACAAGGCCCGCAGUGCACAGCAUAAAAUAAUCAAUGAAGCGUUAGCAAACCUCGAUCUGGUGGAACAUGUCAGGGGUGCCCUUCCUGAAUCUUCCGAACCAAAUCCAGAUCCUCAACAGCCAUAGCCAUCCUCCGAAAAAAAAAUUUUUUUUUUUUUUUUGCUACCUUUUUUCUAUGCAAAGAGGAAAAAUAGAAAUUUAAAACAAAACAAACUAAAGCAUGUCAAACUGUUCAGUAUUAACUUUUAGGGAAAGAAAAAAUUUUCCAACAAAUUGUAAAUAUUGUAAAUGAAAACUCUUUUAAGGAUAUUAAUCCUAUUUCUCUCACAAAUGUCAAGUUCCCCAUUUUUAAAUUUCUAAAAAGAAUAUUCCAUAUUAUUAUUUUUUAAAACAAAAAAUAUUUUUAAUAUUCGUUUCAUUUCAUUUGGGGGUUGAAUGGUUUCUGGGUUUCUUUUUUAUUGUUUUUAAUCAUGCCAGUAUGCUGGGGUUGGAUCAGUCUGUAAAUUCAUAAAUUCACCAAAUUUUUUUUUUUUUUGUGUGUCGUUGAAUUGGUUUUAUUUUUGUUAACAUUUUUAUGUGCUUACAUUGUACGCUCACGUGCUUUUCAUUGACGAGUGCUUUAAUUGAACUAUGAUAUAUAGAGAUUAAGAGAUAGCUAAUUAAACACUAAUAUAUUAAUGUAUCAGGGCAUAGAGAUAUUAAUUACUGGAUCUAUUUAUGAAGGCAGAGAAGUACCUUAUUAAAUACAAACUAAUACACAGAGAUGACAAAUUAACCCCUUCGUUACCAACCUAGCUGCAACCAGCUCUGGCUCUGAGUACAAAUGUCUUGACUUCAAACGUUCUGAAUUAAAAUCUUCUACCGAACCUUA